AGCUCCGAUGUUCAAUAAUAUAUUUGAUCAACAUCGUAUCCUCUAAUUACUACACGAAUAACCCCAUUUCAUUUUAAAUAUAGUAAUGAUUCAUCAUUCAAAUUGUCUGCGUACCACGUGUCUGUAUUUAAAGUGCUUUUGUUAGCAUGCGAAAUGGCUAGCCGAAUUAGCUAACUUGCUAGCUAGCUACCAAGUACACAACACAGAAGCGAGUGACAGACUUCGUGUUGAUGUUUACUGUCCGGUAUUUGUGUCCAUAGCAAUAGCAGGGAUGAAGAAAGGGAAUUGGCGUGACAGGGGCAGGGACCGUAGGCGACUCGGUUACCGUUCUGACUGGCAAAGGGACAGGACACAGGAACAAAGGUAUGGCAGCAGUGAAGCAGGCCCCUCCUACAGAGACAGGACCCCAGAGAAUAGGUCUAUUUCUGAUACUGCAGCCUCCUCCUCCUCUGCUCCAGAGCUGCCGGGGUUCUACUUUGACGCUGAGAAGAACCGUUACUUCCGUCUGCUGCCAGGCCACAACAACUGUAACCCUCUGACCAGAGGGCUGCUGCAGGAGAGAGAGCAGGAGAAACACAGGGCCAGGAUGAUCACUGAGGACGAGAGGCCCAGGAAGAAAGCACCAAGAGCAGGCCUGAACUCAGCUCUGUUGCUGCAGAAAAGACACCUGGGUCUGCUACCUGGGAACUCUUACAGUAGGCUGAUCCAUGAGGUGAAGGUGAGUGGGAUGAGACGUCACAGACUGGAGGUCCAGAGCUCUGAAAGCAGCAGUCCCAACACAGACCACUUUAGACUCAUAGUGGGUGACUCUGCAUGUGAGCGAGUGUUCACGGUUAACGACGUGUCUCACGGAGGCUGCAAGUACGGCAUCAUGAACUUCAGAGGCUGCAGCAGGGGCUCCCUGUCUGUCAAGAUGUGUGACAACCUCUACUUUACAAAUAGAAAGGUGAACUCUAUCUGCUGGGCCUCCGUCACCCACUCUGACUCACACGUCCUCCUGUGUCUGGUGGGCAUGGCAGAGACUCCUGGCUGUGUCAGUUUACUACCAGCCUCGCUCUUCAGCAACUCCAACCCAGACCAGCCGGGGAUGCUGUGUAGUUUUAAGAUCUCUACAGCCUGGUCCUGUGCCUGGUGUCUCAACCCUCAGGCUGACAAAACAUUUAGCACGGGUCUGUCUCGCAGGGUGAUAGUGACGGACGCAGUGACGGGCAGGAGACAGACCUAUGGCAUCGGCAGUGAUGUGCUGGCACAGCAGUUUGCCCUCAGGGCUCCGGUCUUGUUUAAUGGCUGCAGGUCAGGAGAGAUCUUCAGUAUCGACCUGCGUCAGAGAGGCAGACGGGACCACAGCUGGAAGGCCUGCAGGUUCUCCCAGGACUCUGCUAUCACCUCCGUACGAAUACUACAGGAUGAGAACUACCUACUGGCUGCGGACAUGAUUGGAGAGAUCAAGCUGUGGGAUGUACGAGUAACAAAACCAGUGCGGAAGUACGAGGGUCAUCAUAACCAACACGCCUACUUACCCCUCCACGUCAACGAAGCUGAGGGACUGCUGAUGGCUGUGGGUCAGGACUGCUACACCCGUCUGUGGUCUCUGGGGGACGGCCAGCUCCUGAGGACCAUCCCAUCUCCCCACCCUGCUGGAAAGGACAUGAUCCCCAGCGUGGUCUUCUCUUCUCAGCUUGGAGGCAACAGAGGCCUGCCUGGUCUCCUCAUGGCUGUCAGGCACGAUCUGUACUACUUCCCUUAUAACAGUGACUACCAGGAGGGAGGAGGGGUAGUGACUGAGGCAGCCUGCUAGGGGAGGGCUUGACUGAGGCAGCCUGCUAGGGGAGGGCUUGACUGAGGCAGCCUGCUAGGGGAGGGCUUGACUGAGGCAGCCUGCUAGGGGAGGGCUUGACUGAGGCAGCCUGCUAGGGGAGGGCUUGAGUGAGGCAGCCUGCUAGCGGAGGGCUUGACUGAGGCAGCCUGCUAGGUAGGGGAGGGCUUGACUGAGGCAGCCUGCCAGGGGAGGGCUUGACUGAGGCAGCCUGCCAGGGGAGGGCUUGACUGAGGCAGCCUGCCAGGGGAGGCCUUGACUGAGGCAGCCUGCCAGGGGAGGGCUUGACUGAGGCAGCCUGCCAGGGGAGGGCUUGACUGAGGCAGCCUGCUAGGGGAGGCCUUGACUGAGGCAGCCUGCCAGGGGAGGGCUUGACUGAGGCAGCCUGCCAGGGGAGGGCUGGACUGAGGCAGCCUGCCAGGGGAGGGCUUGACUGAGGCAGCCUGCCAGGGGAGGGCUUGACUGAGGCAGCCUGCCAGGGGAGGGCUGGACUGAGGCAGCCUGCCAGGGGAGGGCUGGACUGAGGCAGCCUGCCAGGGGAGGGCUGGACUGAGGCAGCCUGCCAGGGGAGGGCUUGACUGAGGCAGCCUGCCAGGGGAGGCCUUGACUGAGGCAGCCUGCCAGGGGAGGCCUUGACUGAGGCAGCCUGCCAGGGGAGGCCUUGACUGAGGCAGCCUGCCAGGGGAGGCCUUGACUGAGGCAGCCUGCCAGGGGAGGCCUUGACUGAGGCAGCCUGCUAGGGGAGGCCUUGACUGAGGCAGCCUGCCAGGGGAGGGCUUGACUGAGGCAGCCUGCCAGGGGAGGCCUUGACUGAGGCAGCCUGCCAGGGGAGGGCUUGACUGAGGCAGCCUGCUAGGGGAGGCCUUGACUGAGGCAGCCUGCCAGGGGAGGCCUUGACUGAGGCAGCCUGCCAGGGGAGGCCUUGACUGAGGCAGCCUGCUAGGGGGGGGGCUUGACUGAGGCAGCCUGCUAGGGGGGGCUCGGCUGAGGCAGCCUGCUAGGGGAGGGCUCGACUGAGGCAGCCUGCUAGGGGAGGCCUUGACUGAACCUUUCUUUGCAAAGUAACUGGAAUGAAGAAGACUCUUACUGCCUGAAGUUAUCAGCCUGGAGCUUCAAGACUUCAAGUGCAGAGUUGGGUCUGACCGUAGAGCUGCGAAGUGGAGAGUUGGAUCUGACCGUAGAGCUGCGAAGUGGAGAGUUGGGUCUGACCGUAGAGCUGCGAAGUGGAGAGUUGGGUCUGACCGUAGAGCUGCGAAGUGGAGAGUUGGGUCUGACCGUAGAGCUGUGAAGUGGAGAGUUGGGUCUGACCGUAGAGCUGCGAAGUGGAGAGUUAGGUCUGACCGUAGAGCUGCGAAGUGGAGAGUUGGGGCUGACCGUAGAGCGUUGGGUCUGACCGUAGAGCUGCGAAGUGGAGAGUUGGGUCUGACCGUAGAGCUGCGAAGUGGAGAGUUGGGUCUGACCAUAGAGCUGCGAAGUGGAGAGUUGGGUCUGACCAUAGAGCUGCGAAGUGGAGAGUUGGGUCUGACCGUAGAGCUGCGAAGUGGAGAGUUGGGUCUGACCGUAGAGCUGCGAAGUGGAGAGUUGGGUCUGACCGUAGAGCUGCGAAGUGGAGAGUUGGGUCUGACCAUAGAGCUGCGAAGUGGAGAGUUGGGGCUGACCGUAGAGCGUUGGGUCUGACCGUAGAGCUGCGAAGUGGAGAGUUGGGUCUGACCAUAGAGCUGCGAAGUGGAGAGUUGGGGCUCACCGUAGCGCUGCAGGUGGACUGCUGGAACAUGGAUCCAGGACUCUCUACUAUAUUUGUCUACCAGUGAACCCUGAAUUAUGUCCACAGAAACUGCAAUUCAUCAACUGCUAUUAUUGAAGUUGUUUUUUUUUGUCUUUAUAAUAAUAACGGUAAUUAUUCAUCCGAAACCGAUUUCAAUGAUUGAUGUAAAGUUUAUACGAUUCAAAACAAUGUAUUUUAUCCAUGGUGAUUGAAUGGAUGGCGUGGAAUUAUUUAAAAAUAAAAAUAAAAUAAAAAUUGCAUUGUCAACAGA